AUGUUUGAGAAUAAUCGAUCAACAAGUGAUCAUGAUCAUAUAGAUGUUGAGAAAUCGGAGUAUUAUUAUUAUGGUCAUGAUGUUAAAGAGAAACAACAUUGUUCAAGAGAAGAAGAAGAAGAUCUCGCGAAUUGUUUAGUUAUGUUAUCGAACAAAUCUUAUGAUUUGUCCGCUAACAAUAACAAGGAGGCUAGAAACAAGGCUAAAGAAGUGGAAAAGGGAAUGUUUCAAUGUAAAGGAUGUAAGAAAUUUUUUAAUUCUCACCAAGCUUUAGGGGGACAUAGAGCGAGUCACAAGAAAGUUAAAGGGUGUUAUGCUGCAAAACUCGAUGACAACAUUAAAGAUGAUGAAAACAAUAACAACAAUAAUAACAACGAUGAUGAUAAUGCCGUUGAUUAUGAAGACUCAAUGAUCUCUCCUAGUGAUUUAAUUUUGCAUCAAGAAUCUAACGAUUUUCAAUCUCAAUCUCCAACAUCAUCAAGCUCAUUUUCAAGAAAAAGAUCAAGGGUUCAUCAAUGCUCGAUUUGCCAUAGAGUCUUUUCAUCUGGACAAGCCUUGGGCGGACACAAAAGGUGUCACUGGCUAACAUCAAGUUUGCCAGAGACUACCUUUAUACCUACUUUUCAAGAAAUCCAAUAUCACAACCAAGAACAAGUACUAUACAACAAGCCUUUAUUUAUCAACUCUCAUCAACCACUAGAUUUAAAUUUUCCAGCACAACUAGGCAAUCCAAUUGAAGUUGGCUUGAAACUAUACAAUAAUCCAUUUGAACACGAAGGCCCAAGAAGCCAACUCCAGCUAUGGAAAGACGAUACUAAUCAAAAUCAAAAUCACAACUACAAAGAUUCUUUGAGUAGGGAUGAAAAUCGAAAUGCCAAAGAAGCAAAAUUGAGUAACCUUAAAGAUGUGAAUUUGGAUAAAUGCUCUUCUUGGUUACAAGUAGGAAUUGGUCCAACUCCUGAUAUUUUAGCAACUCUAUAA